AUGAGUGGUUUUCUGCUUCGACAUGUGAAAUUAACUCAACCUCAAUUAGCAUUAAUGCUUCAACAUCAAUGUCGAGCAGAAGCUUCAACAUCAUCAAGUGCUUCUGUUAUCCAACAUAAUCCAAUAGUAUUAGACAAUACAAAACCACCUCCACCAUUAGAUGCUGAUCGUAUGCGUAUGCAUCCACGUAUUGGCAAUCGGGAAAUUGUUGGUUAUGGUUUAAAAGGAAGACCCGAAUAUUUUGAUUUGGUUAUGUUUCCUUGUCCAAGUAUUCGUUGGGAAGCUGAUACACCAGCUAUUGCUGAAUUAAGAAAAAAAGAAAAAGGCGAUUGGAAACAAUUAUCUGUUGAAGAGAAGAGAAAAUUAUAUCGAGCAAGUUUUCGUCAAACAUUUGAAGAAUUUACAGCUCCAAGUGGUCUUUGGAAAUGGGCAAUUGGUUGGAGUUUAAUUUCAUUAGCAGGUUUAAUUAUGGCUUAUGAUGGAUGGCGACGUAUUGCUUAUAAUUUUGAUAAGCCAGAUAGUUUCAGUGAAGAAAAAUUAAAGAGACAAUUACAAUUCCAUAUUGCUGCUCGUCAAGGUCCUAUGAGACAUCUUUCAUCUAAAUGGGAUUAUGAAACUGGUACAUGGAAAAAAUAA